AACCUCAUAUCUUGGCAAUACGGAACCGAUUGCUGCCGCUGGGAAGGUGUCGUCUGUGACCCCGUGUCAGCUCAGGUCACCUCCCUCGACCUUAGUAGCCGUAGAAUUUCCGAUUCAUGGCGCCAUACCAUUGUGGAUAUGGGGGAUUGGGCAGAACAAUCUCGCUCACUUGAUUCUAUCGCACAACAUGCUUACCAAUUUUGAGAGGUCUCUCUCCAUUCUGCCUUUACCUUCUAUUGAACAUCUCGACCUCAGUUAUAACAUGCUUGACGGGCCUGUUCCGCUUCCCCAAGGAACAGAUUAUGUUGUUCUUGAUUACUCUAACAACCGGUUCUCGUCCAUACCGCCGAACAUUUCUUCAUAUCUUCGAUCCGCCCCCUUCUUGCAGCUAUCUCGAAAUCAUCUAAUUGGAAAUAUUCCAACUUCGAUUUGUGAGGUCGGCGAUCUCGAAGUCCUUGAUCUUUCUUACAACAGGUUUACUGGUUCGAUCCCGUCAUGCCUGAUCGAAGGCUACAACAACUUGUAUGCGUUGAAUCUAAGGGGGAACAGAUUGCUCCGUGGGACGACAUUGCCUAAUAAUAUUAGCCGCGAGUGUCCUCUUGAGGCGCUAAUUUUGAACGGCAAUGGGAUCGAAGGGCCGCUACCAAAGUCUUUGGCCAACUGCGGCUGGCUCAGGGUGCUGGACUUGGGGAACAAUCGGAUAGUCGACAGUUUCCCAUUUUGGUUGGGGAAUCUCUCAAUGCUCCAAGUCCUUAUCCUUGGCUCCAACCAAUUCUAUGGCUCUGUCGAACUUCCUCUGCAAGGUGAAAGAAGUGACUACCAUUUUCCAAGCCUGACAAUUCUUGACCUCUCCUCAAACAUUUUCACCGGUAACUUGUCAUGGAGCCUCUUCGAGAAUCUUACAGCAAUGAUGGUCACUAGCUCUGCGGGCACAGAAGUUUUGGCAUUGAUUUCUUACGAAUUUUUCAGUGAUUUUAAUGGUGCGAUUGGUUAUCUUGCUACAGCAUCGGUGAUUGACAAAGGGCAGAGCAUUACACUUGAAAAGAUCUUGACAGGAUUUACGCUGAUCGACCUCUCGAACAACCAAUUCCACGGUGCAAUCCCCGAGGUGAUCGGGAACCUCCGCUCGUUGCGAGCGCUAAACAUGUCGCACAAUGCCUUCACCGGAGGAAUCCCUUCUGGAUUUGGGGGCUUGGCACAGCUUGAGUCUUUCGACCUUUCUUCGAACCAACUCUCGGGGGAGAUUCCGGAGAGCUUGACCUCCUUGACCUUCCUCGCCUCGUUGAAUCUUUCGUACAACUCUCUCGUGGGGAGGAUUCCGCAAGGCAAUCAAUUCUCUACGUUCACGAAUACCUCAUUCGAAGGGAACGUGGGAUUGUGCGGACGCCCCCUAUCGAAACAAUGCAAUGGUGAUUCGAGUCCGACGUCUCCUGCACCAGUUUCACCUUCUUCGACAUCCAGACACGGGGCUUGGAAACACAGAGUUGCAACGAUCAUAUUGUUCCUCUUCGUCGGAUUAGGAUUCGGGGUCGGUUUUGCGUCGGUGAUCGUGUUUCAAGUGGUUUGCAGAGCUGGAAGAAUAUGGCUAAACAAGCUUUUCAUCAGGCGUUAGAUUAACCAAGAUCGAUUCCUCUUCUACUUGAU